AUGAAAUCGUCCGCUGUAUUCCUUUUCGCCGUCAUCGCCGUAGCGUUUGCUGCCGCCGACGAUUGCUCCAAGUGCGAGAACCUUUGGAAACCGGUGUGCGGAAGCGACGGUGAGACGUACGUGAACAAUUGCUUCUUGACUUGCAAGAACGAAGAAGGUUUGACGGUCGCGAGUCGUGGACCUUGCGGAGGAUACCCGGAAGGAUGCGACCACUGCGAUCAGAUCUUCCAGUUGUGCUGCGGAUCGGACGGCAUCACCUACGGAAACAUCUGCGAAUUGGAAUGCGCCGACAAGAUCCGUCCAGUCUCCUUCGUCAAAUGGGGCUGGUGUUGA